UUUGCGAGCAAAGGUCCUUGGCUGAAUACAUGGAAAUUUUCUGAGUCUAGAGUUAUCACUGUUAAUAUCCAUUUGAUAAUAAAGAAAACGUUUACAAGUAGAUAGACUUGUUUGUCAAGGAUAUUUUUUGUCAAUAAAAGAUAUAAAAAAUAAGCGAAAGAUGUCGGAUGAAAAGAAGGAUGCCAAAGAAUCGGAGCAUAUAAAUUUAAAGGUUCUGGGCCAAGAUAGCGGCGUGGUUCAAUUUAAAAUUAAAAAGCAUACUCCAUUGAGGAAAUUGAUGAAUGCAUAUUGUGACCGAGCAGGAUUAGCCAUAGCUGCUGUGCGAUUUCGAUUUGAUGGGCAGCCCAUUCAUGAACUGGAUACACCCUCGACUUUAGAAAUGGAAGAAGGUGACACAAUAGAAGUUUAUCAACAGCAGACAGGAGGCAAAUUUUAAUAUAAGUUUUUGUUUUAUUUCAUUUUUUUUAAAAUCUCUCUACCCAUGUUCAAAAUAAGUUAUAAUUAAUUUUAUGUAUACGUACACUCUGAAGUCUUGAAGCUGUUGUUCCAAGGAGACAAGUUCUUAACGUUAUCUUUUAGUGUAAUAUUAAAGUUAUGAAUGAAAUAAAGACCAACUUUUAUACAA